AUGACGGAUCAGCAGCAGCUCUCCACCCAAACGGAUGCUUCAGACACCGACAGUAUAGAAGAACUGCCACGGGACGAGACGACAGAUGUUGCAGCUUCCCACCCAAAAAGCGAACGAACCAUCAAUCUUGGUCCAGCUCUCGUGAAUACUCGACCAUGGCAGCACUUCCUCGCAUUCGUCCUCCUCGCUGGCAUCGACCUCGCGAUGAACGCGGCGGCGGGACGAGCAGCGGCGUCAGUCGGCGCACGUCUCAACCGUGCACCGGUGACGCCCAAGGUCCUUCGAAUCGGUGCUCUUGCCGGCAUCACUAAGUCUGCACUUACAACCUUCUACGAAGUAGUGUCAAGGAUGGGCGUCAAUCUCGCCUUCUCUAUCCUCCUGCUCCUAGUGUUCAUGCCCAAAGAACUCCUCAUUGCGGCUCUCAUAGCAGCCAUACCGCUCUACUUUGAGACCAUCAGACUGAUUGAGCCGAAGCCAGACGCAAAUGGAGGCACGUCGUGA